AUGACUCUAAAUGAAUCAGGCCACCACCAACACCAUACUCCAGACAACACUGGUAACAAUUAUAGCAAUUACAACACCAGCCCAUCAGUAGCUGCCACUAACAGACAUAGACAUUCUCAUUCUGCCAUGUUUCCACCAGCACGAUCUUCCCCGACCCAAAUUGGAUCUUCCCCACCACAAGCUGCUGUCACAUUCAACACAUUUACGCCACUAAUGCCGCCUCAAACCCAAACUUCCGGUUCCAAUUAUCUACGUAAUAACAACAAUUCCAAUAAUCAACAGACCAAUCCCGGAAAUAUCUGGAACAACAGUAAUGGUUCAAUUCCUCAUGUUCAACGGAGACAUUCUGCGAUUGAUGCAAAUAUUUGGUCGCAGGGUCCAACUAGUACUUUUCAACCAACCACAAAUAUUUGGUCGUCGUCUGGGCCGAGCCCAAACCAGGAAAAUUACACUUCUUCGUUGUCGAAUCGAUCAUCCCUGAUUAGCGGGUUUACACCUCCACCUUUAGAAGAGCAACCAAACCAACAAAAGCAAGCAAUUAUGAAUUUUCAAUCCGGUUCACCUUCGCAAUUACUUGAUCCUGGUCGCAGGCAUUCCUUUGCUGAAUCAUUACCUACUACCAAUUCCAUUACUGCAGGCAGUAAUAAUGGAACUGUGUCUAUUCUUAAUGGAGGAAUUGAUUCGAAUCAAACAUUGAAAUUGGUUGAUGAGUAUUUUGAGACUGAUCCUCAUGAACGAGUCAAAGUGACAUUACGAUUAUUGAAUGAACGAUUUUUCGAUGAAGAAAAGUACCUUGGUGACGCGUACCAAUUACCCAAAUUCCCUAUUGAAUCUUCUUUACGUAACUAUCAGUUGAUCUUGGUUGGGUUUAAAGCUGGGAGAAUUGAUGUGUUUUAUCUUCCUAGCAACAAUCCUCCUAAUUCAGAUUUGAACCGGUUGAAAGUGGGUGAUUUGGUUAUUGUUGAAGCCGACCGGGGUCGUGAUUUAGGUAAGGUCUUCAAGAUGAACAUCUCUAUUGAUGAAGCUAGAUUGUUGAAGUUGUUGCAAUUUCAAGAACAGCAAGCAGCCUUGAAUGAGCAUGAUAACAUUUUGGAUGAUUUGUCAGUCAAGAACUUGUCAGACUCCAGUAAUUCCGUUGCCCCACCAACUUUACAUUUCCCCAAGUCGAUUAUUUCUUUGGCCCAACCAAAUGAAAUUUUGCAGAUUUUAAAUAAGAAACAAGAUGAAGAAAAGGCAUGCCGGUUAUGUUUGGCCAAGAUUGCCAAUGCCACCAGUUCUCAACAAUUGAUGGGUGCAAAUUCAAGUGCCACCCAAGAUUUAUUGCAAAUGAAGUUGAUUGACGCCGAAUAUCAAUUUGAUCGGAAAAAGUUGAUUUUCUAUUAUUCAACAUCCAAGAGAAUAGAUUUCCGAGACUUGGUUCGAGAAUUAUUUAGGAUUUAUAAGACCAGAAUUUGGAUGUGCGCUGUUAUUGGCUUGCCUUACAAUGUGAAUAGAAAGAGUGUUCUGCCAUUGAUGAAUGGAGCCACCAGUAAUCCAUUUAUGCAAACACAAGUACCAACGCAAAAUCCACCCCAGCCUCAACAGCAGCCUCAACAGCAGCCACAACAGAUUGCAUUUUCUCGUGGAUUUGAACGGAGAUUAAGUUAUCAACCACCUCCCACAUUCCAACAGUAUCCUAAUGUUGCAAACCCGCCACCACAUUUGCAGCAAGCUCAGCAACAGCAACAGCAACAACAAAUUCCACAUCCAUUCCAAGAUGGAAUUCCUAGAAGGUAUUCUGACAGCCGUCCAUUCCUGCAACAAUCACAAUAUGCCAUGUUUCAAGGACAGCAAAUGCAAGCUUCACCAAUGAACCAACCACAAUUAUCCCCAUUUCAGACUGAUUUCCAAUUCCCACCUCCCCAUCCAGACAAUAGAAAUGAGGGCACUAUAAGGGAGGAAGAGGAUUUAAACAACAACUCGGGAGAGGCAUUUGUUUUGAAGUCGUUGGUUGAUUCCAUAAACCAUUAA